UGCUUAGUGUAGAAGGUAAUUUUCAACCUGGCUAUGGGGUAGAGAGAACAUAAGGUGAAAGGAAGAGGGUAAGCUCCCUUUUUACAAUGUAUGACAGUUAACCUAAAGCUAAGAAACAGCAAACAAGUUUGGGACUAAUGAUCUUGUCCAAUUUCUAAUACCCAGACGUGGGGCUGUUAAUAUUGUAUGAAAGGGGGGGAAUGCCCGAAUCCUUGGUAUCUGCAAUGCUAGCCGCCGGGUUGAAAUCUUGACUCAGGAGCUUUGGCCUCAGCCGUGUUCCCUACCCCAUGCUUGGAGGUGGGGCCUGACUUCGGCGGAAACGGCCGGCCGCCUCGCCCUCUUUCCGCUUCCUCCACGCGGUUGCUAGGCUACCGGGGCCUAGCAGAAAGCCGAGGCCUGAGAGACCUGCCAGCGUGUCUUUGUCCGCGCCGCGCCGGGGCAUCGCAGCGUUUCCCAGGUUCCUCUGCUGCCGCAGGCGCCGCAUCUGCCCCCUGUUCUCUGCUCCUCACCACCACCCCGCAGCCAGGAAACGCUAAACCCCAGAUUUCCAUUUUCAGAGUCCAUUCCCGACCCUGACUCUUUUCCCUCUACCCUGAGAAGACUUCUUCCCCACCCCCAUUUCUUUCACUUUCCUACGGCGAUUUGGUGAUGGGUAUCUUCCGCCUCACAGAGAGGGAAGCAUGAAACCGGUGAGAGUCUUGGCCUCUCGGGAAGAGGCGGCGAGAGAACAUGCAGCCUUGCGUAGCUCCUCAGCUGCCCCUGUGUAAUCAGCUUCGGUUCUGGAAAUUGGGCAGGGGGUGCUGAUGUCGUUGACUGUUCUUCAGCAUACCAUGCAGAAGUAACAUGUUCCCAGCAUUGGAAACAGAACUAAAGCAGGAGACCCUUCCUGAUCCCUAUGAAGAUUUUAUGUACCAUCAUCUCCAGUACUAUGGCUAUUUUAAAGCUCAGAGAGGUGGUUUACCAAACUCUACUACACACCAGCAUGUUUGGAAGAAUAACCCUCGAUUCCUGUUGAAUGGCUCUUUUGGGGAAAGAGAUGAUUUGAUACCGGACCCCCUGCAGAAGGAGAAGCUUCUCUAUUCACUUAUGCUGAAUUCACCACUUCUUAAGAGCAGACAGCUUCUUUAUGAUGAGUUGAGUGGAGUAAACCCACGUCUUCGAGAGCCAAGAGAUCUCUUUGCCUUUAUCUCUAGCAGUGGGUCACUUCAGGCUCCAAGAUGGCCAAUAGAAUGUGAGGUCAUCAAGGAAAACAUUCAUCAUAUUGAGUGGGUUCCUCCUCAUGCGGAAUAUUUCUAUCAACCUACAGGGAAUGAAAAGAUACCAGAAAUUGUAGGAGAGGAAAAAGGCAGAGUUGUCUAUGAAUUAGAUUCAGUGCCCACAGAAGGUUCCUGUUUCACUAGUUCCAGAGUGGGAGGCAAACGAGGAAUUAUCAAGGAACUUGCUGUCACGUUGGAGGGACCAGAAGAUAAUACUCUGCUGUUUGAAUCAAGGUUUGAGAGCGGGAAUCUGCAAAAGGCUGUCAAAGUAGACACCUAUGAGUAUGAACUCACCUUACGAACUGACCUGUACACGAACAAACACACUCAGUGGUUUUAUUUUCGAGUUCAGAACACCAGAAAAGAUGCCACCUAUCGCUUCACCAUUGUCAACUUGCUGAAACCCAAAAGCCUUUACACCAUAGGGAUGAAACCACUCAUGUACUCCCAACUGGAUGCCAACACCCACAACAUUGGCUGGAGGAGAGAAGGAAAUGAAAUCAAGUACUAUAAAAACAACAUGGAUGACAGGCAGCAGCCCUUCUACUGUCUCACAUGGACCAUUCAGUUUCCAUAUGAUCAGGACACUUGUUUCUUUGCACACUUCUACCCCUAUACAUACACUGAUUUGCAAUGCUACCUCCUGUCAGUGGCAAACAACCCCAUCCAGUCUCAGUUCUGCAAGCUCCGAACUUUAUGCAGGAGCCUAGCAGGAAAUACUGUCUACCUGCUCACCAUCACCAACCCAUCCCGAAGCCCUCAAGAGGCAGGUGCAAAGAAAGCCGUGGUCUUGAGUGCAAGAGUCCACCCCGGGGAAAGUAAUAGCUCUUGGAUUAUGAAAGGCUUUUUGGAGUUCAUCCUUAGCAACUCCCCAGAUGCCCAACUCCUCAGAGAUAUCUUUGUCUUCAAGGUGGUUCCCAUGUUAAAUCCAGAUGGAGUGAUUGUAGGGAAUUAUCGGUGUUCGUUGGCCGGAAGGGACUUGAACAGACAUUAUAAGACCAUUUUGAAGGAAUCUUUCCCUUGCAUCUGGUACACCAGGAACAUGAUCAAGAGACUUCUUGAAGAAAGGGAGGUUCUCUUGUAUUGUGAUUUCCAUGGUCAUAGCCGGAAGAAUAAUAUCUUCCUGUAUGGCUGUAAUAACAACGAUCGCAAGUACUGGCUUCAUGAGCGAGUCUUUCCUUUAAUGCUAAGCAAAAAUGCUCCGGAUAAGUUCUCUUUUCAUAGUUGUAAUUUUAAAGUCCAAAAGUGCAAAGAAGGAACAGGACGAGUUGUGAUGUGGCAGAUGGGAAUCCUAAACAGCUACACCAUGGAGUCUACUUUUGGUGGAUCCACCCUGGGCAGUAAAAGAGAUACUCACUUUACCACUGAGGAUCUGAAAUCCCUAGGAUAUCAUGUCUGUGACACGCUUCUGGAUUUCUGUGAUCCUGACCAAACCAAGUUCACACAAUGUCUAGCAGAGCUUAAAGAGCUCUUACAAUGGGAAAUCCAUAAGAAGUUCAAUGAACUUGGGCAAGAUAUGGAUUUAGAAGGAAGUUGGAGUGACAUCUCUUUGUCCGACAUUGAAUCCAGCACCAGUGGGUCUGACAGCUCCCUCUCAGACGGUCUUCCUGUUCACCUACUGAGCAUAGCAGAUGAGUUGGAUCAGAAGAAGAAGAUGUGUAAGAAGAAGAAAAAGAAGCCACUCCAGACUCGGAAACAGCGAAAUGAGCAGUAUCAGAAAAAUAAUUUGAUGCGGGAGUUAAAGUUAACAGAAGAUGCCUCAGACAGGGCAGGAAUUGCUUCCACUCUGCAAAAACAGCCUACCUUUUUCAAAAAUUCAGAGAAUCCCAGUUCUUCAACAAUGAAAAAUGAAAACCCAAGAUUGAAUGAGACCCAGUUAAAUGGAAGAGAGAAAGGUACCUCCUUGGACCCAUCAAAAAUGACCACCCUGAUUCUGACUAAGAAUAAAAAGAGAAUACAGAGCAAGAAGCCAGGUUUUACGGUAGGAUGCUCUCCAAAGAGAAGCACAAACACCAGCCAAGAGCCAGCUCCAGGUGUGAAGCCAAACUGGCCCAGGAGCAGAUAUCCUACCACAAAGAGAGGCUGUGCUGCCAUGCCAGCAUACCCAUCCCUGCACAUAUACACAUACCCGUAGAUGUGGCAGGGCUAUGCCGCAUACAUACUUCCUCAGGGUGUUGGGGUUAGACACAUUUUGUAACGGAGGGAACUGUAUAACUGGGAACUGCGUCCGUUUGUGGUAUGCUGUGUGGUGCAUCUGUCACACACACUACACUGUGUGCAUCCCCUCAAGAUGCAUGCCUCAGGAAUUAAAUUAUUUUUUCAUAAAUGAAAUUUUAUUACUACAUAAAGUAAAGCUUCCUUUAUGAGAAACUGAAGUGUGUGCUUAUAGAACUACAGCACAGAUAAUACCUCAUUUUAACCAAUACGUAAUCUCCCUAAAAUUAUAUGCAAAUCAAUUUUAAAAGAUCAAACUCUGUUUUAAACAUACCCUGGGAGUGUGCUAUACAAAACUAAUCUUAUGUUAAAGCUUUCUCACACUGAUCAGUAAAGACCGUCAUAUUAUCAGGUUUGCUCAAGGGGAGGUAUUCCCACAUAGAGAAAACAAUUCAUGUAUUACCUAGAAUUUAAUGUUGCAUAUAUUAUGUACAACAUAGUUAUGUAAAUUUGUUAACCUGUUGAUUAAAAUUCUUUCUCUUAA